GUAGCGUAUGCGGAAACCGGGUGACCUGCAACCAGCGGCAUGCAGAUUGACACAAAAACAAAAAAGCUCAAAAAAGCGGCGCAAACAGAUCAGGAGCCUGAAGAUACGGCACCAUGGCAGACACAAUCAUGAACAGCAAUAAUGACACGGAGAUCUCACGUGAUCAGAUGCUCUCCGGUUUCUUGAAUGACGAAGCUCUGAAUGAUGUGAAACUAAAAGGCACGGAUGGAGUGGUGGUGAUGGCAAAUCGCUUUCUGCUGUCAGCCAGAAGUCAGGUUUUUAGAGGAAUGCUUCUUGGCAAGUUCCAGGAGGCAUCCUCUCCCGUUGUGGACAUUGGGUUUCAAGGAGGUAUUUUGAGAGCCAUUGUGGAAUACAUUCUCACUGAUUCAGCCCAGAUGCUUGACUGCAAGAAGCGAAAGAGCCGGGAAGGGAAUUCGUUUGACUUUCCAUUUGUUCAAUCCCUUGUUUCCUUGGCGGAAGCGGCAUCCUAUUUUGAGCUUUUCGACCUGGCAAAACUUGCUGUGAAAAAAUUUGAUGUAGUUUGGACGGAAUCCCCCUGCUCAUCGUUUGCUGUCCUUCAGGCCUGCAAAACAGCAGGGCCUUCCAUUCCGGAAUCACUGGUAGAGAAAGCCAUGGAAAUAGUGCGCUCCUCUCCUGCCGAAUCCAUCACCAAAGAACACGUCCAUUGCUUGAGUUCUGAAGUGUUGGAAGAGAUUCUCAGUGACAAAAAGAUGGAAGUGACGGAAUACCAGCUGUUUCAAAUCCUGAACCUAUGGUCGCAAGACUCUGGGGAUGAACGGAAGCUGGCCGCGGCAGAACUAUCAAAGCACGUAUGCUUGGCAGAGAUUGACCCUGAAACUCUAUCUACAGCAGUCACUGCUUCAGGCUUGGUCACGUCAGAGCAGCUGUUGGAGACGUACAAACAACAAGCCCUAGAAAUGAGCAAGAUGUUCCGUACUGCAAGCUUGAAUUGUUUUCGUCACAAACCAUGGGUGACGGAGCGACCGCCAAAUGGUGGAGCUCCAACUGAGAUCAACGUGGAAGGAGCUGGUUGUGAAGCUGUCAAUGGGGUGUUUGUUAGAAAUGGUUCGUUCAAAGGACAGUGGAAGUACUGCAAGCAGGUGUUGUAUGAUGGGAAUCCCUGCGUUUUCUGGCUCUUUUCCGACGAUAGUCAUUGGGUCAUUGCCAUCCCUGAUAAGGCAAAACCGGGCACGGUUGGAGAGGACAAGGAUUUCUAUAGCAUCGUACGACAGAACGAAGAGAUUCCGCCAGUAUCAGGGUGGUCAUCUAUGAGCGAAGAAUACAAACCUGGUCCGAAAUUGAAGUACAGAUUUAGAGCGACCAGCAGCAGCACUGGCUCAGGAUCCAAUUCAAGUUCCUAGCUAGAAUCUUUAUUUGGCAGGUGAACGGUGCCCGAGGAGGGUGAAGCUUAUAUCCUGGCUCCAGAUCAAAAUAGUAUUAUGCAUUAAGAACUAUGCGAGUCACAUAUACAUGUAGCUCGUGCCGUGGCAGGCCUAACUCCAGCACAAGGACCUUUGCCCAAGAACAGGGUAAGUAUUGCACCAAUGUGUUCUAAGAAAAAACAUUUUAACGUUUUGUCUGAGGUUAAUUGUUGUAGCAAAUUGCCUUCCAUUCGUGAAAUCAAACAGGAGGAUAUAAACCCUCCCUUUUUAAUUUUAUUACAAAGGAGUAUAAGAGUGAAUUUCCAUCUUGGUGGCCACACCCGGCAUUCCGACUCCGGCUGUGGAGACCAUAUCCAUGUACGAUGGGUAUCCCACACUGGGAUCAUACGUAUUGAGAACCAGCGGUGCCUGCAUAUCCAAAUUUCGUCCGAUUUGAUCAAAGAGCUGAUCGAUCGUGUUGGGUGUUAAAAUCGUGACGGGAAAUUGGGCGUUGUCGAGUGUGGAAACGACGUAUCCAUUGCUGACUGUCACUUUGAGAGGCCAGGCAAUGCCUCGCUGUAGAUCCUCGUAAUCCGUGUAGGUAAAUUCGUAAUAGAGAUUGCCUCCAUUGCGCUGGGCAUUCCACAAAUUGCGAUUGGUCUGGUACAUGCCACUGCGAUCGUAAGGCUCCGUUUGGAAACUGGUGACACGGUUCGUGUAGAGAUUGCUCUCCGCCUCGCCUUGCUGGAUUUGGUACAUGUACGGGUAUCCGUAGGUACCAUCGUAUUCGCCAUAAGUGUACCACGUCGAAUCGAAAAUGGCAUUUUGAAUGUCGUCAAACAUGUAUUCGACAGUGCGAAUGUCGGUGGGAACCGUAUCCUUGCUGUUGACACCCAUGGGGGUCGACAGAUCCACUUGGACUCUCCAGGGAUAAUCUCCUAUGGAAGAACAGAUAUUGCACUCCUGAUUCCAGACGUAGUCGUAAUAUAGAUUGUCCAAGCGAGCGUUCCAUCGUCCACGGGCCGUGUUCAAUUUAUCUUGCUCCGCAUCUUUGUUGGCUGUUUUGGCCAUGUUCGUCUGAGCCACGACAGCUCUCCCCAUCAAGAGAGAUACUAUCGACGCGAAACGGAACAUCUUGAUCCACAUCAUCUUGACUUGUACUUUUUAUUCAAUGAGACCCCUGCUUCCACGCACAACAAUAGGAAAGGUUCGCGAUGCC